AUGAGUAAAAAAGACACGAAGGAAUUUCCAUCACUUCCACAAUCAUCAGUUAGCCAUCAAACAACCAUAGGUGAUACUAUACGGAUCGGAGGUGCCUAUGUUAAUGUAAAACAUGGAAAAAAGAAGGGUGGUGGAGGUCCAAAUACUUCAAGUAAUACUCAUAAAAAUACAUCAUCAUCAUCAAAUAAUUUAUUAAUUAAUAAUGGACUUUCUGAUAAAGCUAAUGAUCAUUUAAAUAGAAUUAAUAAGAAUUUUGAAUUUGCAAAGAAUUUAAAAGAGAAUAAGGUUUUAACAAAUUGUACAACUUGUGGUAGAAUAAUUACUGCAGAAGAAGGAUUUGGUCCAUGUCCUUUUUGUCAAACUAAUAUUACACCUGAUGUUGUUAAUCAAUAUUAUAAUUCAUCUGAUGAUCAUUGUCUUCCAAAAAACAAACAAGGAAAUGAAGAUUAUCAAAAGGCUUUGGAAUUAAGAAAUAGAUUACUUAGGUGGGAUGAAAAUUAUUCACAAACAACAGCUGUUAUUGAUGAACAAGCUGCUGAAUAUGGUAAUUCUUCAACAGCUAAUGAUAUUUGGUUAUCCGAAUCUGAAAAGAAAAAUAGAGAAAAGAUUGAAGAAAGAAUUAAAGAGUUGAAAGAACAAAUGAAAAACAAACAUGGUCAACCACUUCGAUAUAUCUUUGAUUUUGCUGGUAAAAGAGUUUUAUUAGAUGAAAGUCAUCAAAUUGAAACUCAAAAAGAGCUUGACAAGUUAAUUGAAAGUCUUAAAGUUACAACACCAAAGAAUAAGAAGGAAGAACAACCAAGUACUGGAGUUGUUCAAAAGUCUGGAUCCAAUGUUGGAAUGCAACGUUCCUCUUUACUUGAUGUUACAAAAUUGAAAUUUAUUGAAUCUAAGGACAAGAAACAAAAACCAGAACAACCAGAAGAAAUGUACAAUUCAAAAGGAGGCAUUGUCCAAAACCCAUAUUUUGACUUUAAUGAAGAUCGUCGUGAUUCAGAAAAACAAUGUGGUGAAGGAAGUGGAGAUACAAUUGAUGGUCUUGAACCAACUAUUAAUUAUUGUGAACCAAUUAGUACACAUGAAGAUGAUGCUGGAAUGUGUAUGUCAAUGCAUCAACCUUGGGCAAGUUUACUUGUUCAUGGUAUUAAGAUACAUGAAGGUAGAGCUUGGCCAACUGAUCAUCGAGGAAGAUUAUGGAUUGCUUCAACUGCUGAAGAACCAACACCUGAAGGUAUUGAGGAAUUGGAAAGUUAUUACAAGAAUGAUUUUGAUAGAACACAAGGAUAUCCAAAACAUUAUCCAACCAGUGUUAUUCUUGGUUGUGUUGAUGUUAUUGAUUGUUUAUCUUAUGAAGAGUAUUGUGACAAAUUUAGUCCAGAAGAACAAGAAUCUGAAUCUGAUUAUGUAUUUAUUUGUGCCAACCCAAGAAGAUUAUUCCUUCCUUACCCAAUCUCAGGAAAACCAAAGAUUUACAAGUUAUCAAAGGAACAGUUAUCAAAUUGUCAACUAGGUCUUAAACCACUUCCAAAUAAAACAAUGUAA